GAGCAUUGCCAAACAUUUGGGGAAGGCACGUGGUGUGCGGCCUGAAGACUCCCUGCAUUUUCAAGAAGAAUAUGAGCAGCUACAAGAAGAGAUAGAAACUCUCAGUAGUGGACCUGAGAGGUUGCAGCAGUUGCAGUCUCAGUACUCACAGAUUAAAAGUGACAAUGAGAAGAUGAUUGCGUACUGCCAUGAACUACGAGUCCAUAUCUCUAACAAGGAAAGUGAAAAAGGAAAAUUGGAAUCUAUGCUUUCUGAAAGGAAAGCAGAUUUAUCAAAGCGCCAAGAAGAAGUAACACGCUUAGAAAAUCUUCAAGCACAGCAAGAUUUAAGUGCUGAAGAACUAGCACGCUUCAAAAAUCAUGAUAGGAAUGUAGCUGCGUUUACUGCACAACUUCAGCAAGAAUCCAAGGACCUUAGCACACAG